CUCCCUCCCGCUCCGCUGGGCCGCGAGGAAGUCGCAAGAUGGCUGAUGUCGCUUGAAAGUAAUGUUCCCCUCUGCAACAUGAAGCCGUGAGUGUGGAAGAAAGCGAGGGAGGCACCAUCGGGCUUUUAUUUUUAUUUUAUUUUCGUUGUUUUUAUUUUAUUUGGUCAAACAUCCAUUUCAUUCCGCGUCGUGUCCGCCCUGGACUUGUCUUUGGGAGUUGACGCGUCAAAUCACGCCGGGGACCCUGCCAGUAGCUAACAGCUAGCAACUGUUAGCGAAUAGAAGAACAGCUAGCCAGUCAGCCAGGCACUCUGCCUUAUAUUUUAGUUUUAUUCGGUAUUCUGCCACCGGUUAAUCAGCAAACAACUGCUACCCACGUGCUACAGGUUCAUGAACAUAGAGCAGGAUAAAUGUGACGUAGAAGUCUGCUGUCAUCUAAUUUACAGCGAUUUUUAAGGUUUUAACAUUAUGUUCGCAAACUGCUCGUCCAGCCUGAAGAUUGCUAACUAAUGCGCAGUACUGCAUCUGUUCAUGUGCACUACCCAACAGGAUAGUUAUUUCAUGUACAUUUCUUACCAGCAUCUACCACCACGCUGCAUGUCCGUUACUCGCUGUCAACUAAAUUUCGUAAGAUGUUUGGUGUCAAAGCAAAAUUAUGGGUGUAGGAAGUGUGUUGAACUUUUUCUGGCUGUAGGUAGCACCACUGGCCUUGCUGGCAUCACACCAAAAAUCCACAGGGAUGGACAGUAAAGUGAGUAGCCACCAUCAACACUGAGACAUUAUCAUUGGGAGAACUCGGUUUUAUCACCAUUGCCGGGCGCGCAUGUACUUUAGUGCACAGUGACACAUUCACCAGUCGCUUGUCUUACAGUGUAAACAACUACAGUUUAUCACUACAUAGGAGACCAGAUAGCUCGCCUGGUCUCACCCCACAACACGUUACAAACACGGCGUACAGAACGUACUCAGAAGCCGCUCCCGGCCAAACACACAGGCUCAGCAACACCGUCAUGGGAGUGCAAGGUUUUCAAGAAUAUCUGGAGAAGCGCUGUCCCGGGGCCGCGGUCCCCGUGGACCUCCUAAAGCUUGCUCGUACCGCGGCCCGCCAGCCCCCACACCAUCAUCACCCACACCACCACCCACAUCACCCCGGGCCCAUGCCUCCCCCGCCCCCGCCUGCCAGGAUCCUAAUCGACGCUGACUCCAGCCUCCAGCGGCUGUAUGGUGGCUACCAGACGGACUGGGUGUGCGGAGGAGAGUGGAACGCCAUGCUGGGCUACCUGGCUGCUCUGUCACAGGCCUGUCUGUACCAGGGUGGCCUGGAGCUCGUCGUGGUUUUCAACGGCACUCUGGGGAAGGAGCGCUGGCCCGAGUGGGCGCGGCGAGCUCAGGGCCAGCGACAGACGGCGCAGCUGAUAGUCAACCACGUCGGCAGCAAGGCCACCCCGCCUCCCCGGGCAUGGUUCCUGCCCCCGGCUUGCCUCAGCCACUGCGUCCGCCUCGCCAUGUUCCGCUUCCGUGUGCGGGUAGUACAGACGUUGGAGGACCACCACCAGGAAGUGCUGUCUCUCUACAGGGACUUUGGAUUCUCUGGUCUAAUUGCUCAGGACUCCGAGUUCGCCCUCUGCAAUGUGCCCGCCUACUUUUCUUCGCACGCGCUCAAACUGAGCUGGAACGGCAAGAACCUGACCACACAUCAGUAUUUGCUGUCUGAGGCUGCCAGGCAGCUCGGGCUCAAAACACAGCACCUGCCACUUUUCGCUGCUCUGCUGGGAAAUCAUAUUCUGCCUGAUGAGGACCUGGCUGCCUUCCACUGGAGUCUGCUGGGACCAGAACACCCUCUUGCUUCUCUCAAGGUGCGAGCCCAUCAGCUGGUGCUGCCGCCCUGUGAGGUGGUGAUCAAAGCUGUCUCGGAGUACGUCUCCUCCAUCAAAGACCUGGGGAACCUCGACGCCAUCGCCAGAGACGUCUUCAAACAAUCACAGUCACGUAUGGAGGACAAGGUGGAGCGAUUCAAGAAAGCUGUGGAGUACUUCUCCGCUGCCUCCAAACCACGCUCACCUAACAUGGGGCCUUCCUCUUUCAUCUUACCUGGGAUUGGGCCCACUCCUUUUGUGGGACCACCUGGCCACAUGGGACCGAUUCCAAUCGGAAAGAAUCAGUUUCCUCUCCCCCAGGGUCCAGGGUUAAAGCCACCUUUUCAAAAUGCUCCAUUUGGACCUGGCCCCACCCCGCUGUUCCACACCCCACAGCAACCACCACAGGACUGCAACGACUCUCUGGUGGCCAAGAUGGGCUUCUCUGAUUGGUCAGCUCCGUACGACUCGACACAAGGGGGGAGUCGAUUACCCAAUCAUCACCCCAGCACUCAGUCUGGUCCCUCUCCAUCUCCCUCUUCAUCAUCAGAUGGAGAUGAACCAAAUGACAGCAACGCAAACCAUUUGACAGACAAAUCCUCUCGGUGGGAGGAUCCUAAUGGAAGAGGGGGUCCAACCUCUGGAGAUGGUUCCCAAGGCAACGGGAGCGGGUCAAACAUUCCGUCACUAUUAUCAAUGGCGACACGGAGUCACAUGGACAUAACCACACCCCCACUGCCUCAGGUCAGUGCCGAGGUUCUUCGUGUAGCUGAACACAGACAUAGGAGAGGACUGAUGUACCCCCAGAUUUACCACAUUUUGACCAAGGGGGAGAUGAAGAUGCCAGUGUGUAUAGAGGACGAGUGUAACUCAGAGCUGCCACCCGCCUCUCUGCUGUUCCGUGCUGCUAGGCAGUACGCGUACGGCGUCCUCUUCAGUCUGGCUGAAACACAACGCCGCCUGGAGAGGCUCGCUCUCCGCAAGAGGACUCCUCUGGAAGUUCCUCCAGUGAUUGUCAAAGAGUGGAGCUGUGGUAAAGCCAAGUCGGCCCUGACUCCAGAGCUGGUGCCGGCCCUGUGUUUCCGAGAGUGGACCUGUCCCAACCUGCGACGCCUGUGGUUGGGUCGUGCCAGUGAGGACCGCUCCAGGAGAACCAGAGCCUUCCUGGCCUGCCUCCGUUCUGACUGCCCAGCUCUCCUAAACCCAGCACAAGUCCCACAGCAUCUCCUGCUCAUGUGCUGUGUGCUCAGGUAUAUGAUGCAGUGGCCUGGUGCACGGAUCCUCCAGAGACACGAGCUCGAUGCCUUCCUAGCCCAAGCUGUUUCCAGCCAGCUCUAUGAGCCCGACCAGCUGCAGGAGCUCAAGGUGGAGAAGGUGGACGCCCGCGGCGUGCAGCUAGCUGCUCUCUUCAUGGCUGGCGUUGACACGGCAUUGUUCAUCAAUGAUGUCUGUGGCCAGCCGUUGCCAUGGGAACACUGCUGCCCCUGGGGCUUCUUUGAUGGCAAGCUGUUCCAGAGCAAACUGGCACGGGCCGCUCGAGACCGCGCUGCCCUGUUGGACAUGUGUGAGGGACAGGAGGAGUUGGUGUCAAAGGUUGAGAAGAUGCGUCAGGCCAUUCUGGAGGGCAUUAAUCUCUCCCGCCCUCCCCCUCCUCCCCCUCCUCUUCCACCUCCAGCCUUCCUCCCCCCUGCCAUGGUGCCCCCCUUCUAUCCAAUGCCCCUCUACCCACCCCGCCCGAUGGGUGGCAUGCCCACACACCAUCACCCACACCAUCCACAUCACCCCGCCCAGCACAGACCCAGAGCCUUCCCAGGCAUUCAGUCCAUCCCUCCUCAAGGAGGAAAAUUGGAGAUCGCUGGGAUGGUAGUCGGCCAGUGGGCUGGAAACAAACCGGUCCGUGGCAGAGGUGGCUUCAACAUGCAGGUGGUGUCGGUGGGAUCAGGAAAAGGGAGGGGAAAAGAGAUUCCAGCAAAAAUAAAGGGAGGGAAAAAGGCACCUGUCAACAGAACACAGACAUCACCUCCCCCACCCAGCAGUCCCACAAAGCCCUCAGAGGAGGCCGGCUCCAUGCCAGAGGUCUCAAGUCAGCAGCUGAACGGCAGCUCAGCAGCCUCCGCCAUCGGUCAGCCCCUGGAGCUGGCCCCCCUGGCCCAGCCAAUCCCGUGUGCCUUAGCCAGCAGAGACAACCAAUCAGAGGGGGUGGAAGUGGAGGCCCCCUGUUGCCUUGACGACUGCCCGUCAGACGGAGCGCUACAGAAGGAGGAGUGAUGGCAUCCUACCCAGGAUGCACUGCUCUCAGAGAGUAAUCUGUGUUCGACUGCCUUUCCCUGUUUUUGUAGCCCUGUCUGCUAGCUGCACUCUAAAUCGAAUGGAGCAGGAAGUGAAACUGGGCCGCUCCUCCAUUCUCUUCCCGCUCCAUUUGAUCGACUGAAGCGGUUAGCUGUUGCUCCCCUUUAUUUUACUCAUGUGGUUUUACAUCGUUUUAUGAAGAAAGGUCUUCUCCAUGAAUCUGUAAGCGCCCCACUACUUCUCAAAGAAAAAAUAUCCUAAAUGUCACUUUCUUGCACUCAGAGCGAAAUAAGCUUGAAGUCCCCCCCCCCCCGCCCAUCAUGGCCCGCCACCUAUAUGAGCCCCCAGUCCCUGCUGUAGGGGCUUCUGUACAGCUCAAGUUUUUAAAAGUUUUUUUUUAAUGGUCCCAUUGUCUGAAUGUGCACACUGAUGUUUGGAAAGCAGUGACUGAUUGGAGGUGGUUUCCAUGGUUACGGUCGCCAUGCCUGGUCGCUGUGGUCAGUAGCUGUAGAAUGAUGCGGCUCGAUGCCAUAGCCAUCCUGUGAGACGUUUAAGACAAAUUGAGAGUUUAACUCUUGAUACGUAGGAGUGUUUUCAACACAGUGGUGUACCAUUCUUCUGUGCCCCCCAAGCCCAACACACACACAGUGUUAGCGUGUGUGCUAGCGGAAACCCCCCCACUUUAUGGAUUGAUUGGAUUUUUAUCACUGGAGCACUUCUGCACCAUCGUGGUUAUAGUGUGCUAUCUUACUUUGACCUAUGUAGCAUAGCCUAGUGCUUAGAUGUGCUAAGAAGCCCCGUAAAUUGAUGCACCUUAAGCCCUGAAGUAUGCAAGAUCGUCCUUUCCCCCUUGUCCUUUUGUCCUAAAGCUUUGAUUGUAUUACCCAGCAGAAGCACUUAUUGUUGUAUUUAAAUAAUGAAUUUGAAAAAGCCCCUAUAUGGUUGAAUCGACAUUCUGCCAGGGACGCCCCCUGCUCCUGAGUAAAUCUUUAUAACACGUAGAAUUACGUUUAAAAGGUAGAGAUCUAUUUGAGAGACGUCAGAAUGUGAACAGAGUGGUUUCUGACAAAGAAGCACUUUGUUGAAAAAGAAAAACAAAUCAACCACACUGGAUAGUCCUCUACCAGGUAAAAAAAAGGAAGAAAAGAAAUAAACUGAGGCACCUUUUUAACUCGAGGCCAAAAAAAACAUGAGAAUGACGCUGCCCAGUAGUAGAGGGAGGUGGAUUUUGAGAGUUUCAAGCAACUGCUGCCGGGCGACACGCCUCGUGCAUUCAGUCAUGAACUUUACAGAGAAGCUGAAAGGGGUCCUGGUUAGAUCAGAGACUCCUUGGAAUCAUUUCAGAGUUUAAGAAAAGUUCUUUCCAAAGUAUAUGUCAGAAAAACUGCCGGUAAUGGGUGUGGCAGCGGAGCCCCACAGGUCCCACCAUCUUCCGGUGGUGAUCAAACAACUGAUCUCACAAUACCCAGAACUCUGGGUGUCUCUUUAGAUCAGCAGGAAGCCUUUCACCUGCCCUGAACUACUUCCUUCAGACACGAGAGGCUCCACAGGAAGUGCUGCUCAAUACCCGAGACGUCUAAUAUAUUGAAAUGUUUUAGAGCACUUGUGUUUGUAGACGAUGAAUUGUGCCCUUUCCACAGUAGGUCUUAUCAGACGAGAGAAAUUUACUUACCAAUAACUGGUUGCACAGCUGCGAGUCUAAAAGCGGUAAAGCGACAGAUGAUGCCUGAGAGAUGCUGUCCAUGAUCUUGAUCUCUCUAAACUUACUAAGAAAGACUGCAGUCAGCUGCUUACAUGAAAAAAGGCAAGUCAGCUAGAAGCACCUUAUUUUCUUACUACGUUGAUGACUUGUGCUCAUUCAUGUGCCACAAAAUUGACCGAACAAAGCUCCUCCGAAAUGCCAUUUUGAAGGAUUGACGACAACCCUGACUCCGUAUGCGUUAAUGUAGUCACUUCAGAUAUCUCCCUCUGUUACCAACUCGGCCAUUACAGUGACACGUUAACCCCUACCGCGAGCGUAGGCCUACGCUCGUCGCCGCGGCGCCGCGUUGCAUCGCCGUCUCUUACACCAACACCAGAUGAAAUCAAAGGUUCAGGCUUGUUAGCCGGUGACGUUGGGACUAGUGGUGUUUAUAGGUUAAGAGCAACCGCGUCGGUGCUUGACACAGGACCGUAAAACACCGAGACUAGACUAGAGAUUAUAGCUCUACUGGCCGAAAUACUAAGUCUAGGAUAACUAGUACUCAUACACUCAGCUGUUUCAAUUUUGACAUUAUUACAAAUAACGUGUAUUUCAACAGUACAUUGUGAGAAAAUAAACAAAGAUGGCUUUUUCAGCGGCGAUCCAGAGCGUGAUCCGGUAUCCGACGCCCUCUCUCGAUUCGCUCGCCAGAUGGCGGUUAAAACACACACACACAUACAAACACACACUCGAGCAAAACACCACAUCCAGAACAUCAGUUGCAUUUGUUACCAGCAGCAUUUUCUCUGCUUUUGUGCUGAGGUGAUAUUUUUUGUGCAGUUUUAAGUUUAGUCGAGUGGCCGUCGGUUCGUCAGAGAUCACUUGGUAACACUUUCUACUGACCUGUGAGAUCCCACACCGACUAGUCUGCACAGACGGUUUAAAAAACAACAAACAUGUCACUCUUUUGGUGUCAGAUUGAACAACACACACACACACACACACAAACACCAACACACACACACACACACCAAUACAGACAUGCUGAUACAUUGAUGUUGAGUCCAGUUACACAGUAGCUAGUUUGGAGUAAAAAUAUUCAACACAACACUCAGUGUUGUGACCCUUUUUCAUCUAUUUUAGUUCAUUAGGUAUUGAUCAGUGAUUUUCUUGUUCUAACAGUUCCCUGUUCUGAUGCUCAUCUUGCAUCCCUGUUCGUACUCUUGUUUUCUUCACCCUCUCUUUUGUCCCUUAUAGAGUGCAUACACAUUAACACACACACACACACACACGCUCAUUAAAAGCAGCCACACACAAACUCACUAAGAUGACCCCCUCCUCGUACUUCUCUCUCUUUCUGCCUCUCCGUUAGCCCUUUAGGACCGUUUCAUUGGCCGUUUUCUCUCUCUCUCUCUCUCUCUCUCUCUCUCUCUCUCUCUCUCUCUCUCCCUUUUCUCUGGGCUGCCCCGCCCCUUAAUCAGCCCAACUAACAGUAAAGGUUAUAUAAACGUCGAUAAUCAGUUUCUGUAUGUAUCUAGCCAGAGUGAUAAAAAAAUCAAAAAAAUCUAAACAGUUUUAUUCAAUUGUGCAAAUGUGUUUUCUUACUAUUUUUAAUGUUAUUACAUCUUCUAAUCUUAACCUUCUACCAUCGCUUCAGUUAGUACUGAAAUAUGCUUAGCCAACCUAGAGAUUUGAACUGUAAUGAUUGCCAUUCUCCUUACCUGUAUGUUAAAUGGCAUCUUUAGACCACGUCACCGUUUUUCUGUAUGAGUAAAUAUCGCCCAUUUCUUCUAAUUGAAAACUGUCGUCUGCACUAUGUGUGAUUCUCAUAAUGUCCCUGAUAACGAUGUAUCUCCUGAUCAGUCUAGGCUGACCUCUGCUCCCUUGCACAAAGCAGCGAAACAUCUCUUGUGAACAUCUGAGAACCAAAGUACACCUUGUAUCCCUUUUCCCUACGAAUCCCUAAUAUUCCCUCUCCCCGUGACCGACCCAACAUCAGCAGUCUGUGCCCUCUCUCUUUCUCUAAGUGAUGGGUUAACUGAUGUUUUUAUGAGUAGAUAAGACCUUGCAGCACGUGUGAUUCAUUUGACGAGUUUGUGAGGUGAUGGCGGCAGUCACAGAGACGCAGACGGACGGAGGCCAUUAGUGAGCAAGGCAGGAUUGGGUAAAUCCAACCAAGAGAGAGACGUUUGGGUAAAUCCACAGCUCCACUCACCAUUCCAGCUUGCCGACUGAAUAUAAAGUUGUGCGAUCACAAGUCCACACGCUUCGUUCGCACUAGGGUUUUGGAGUCGUCGUAUUAGUUUUCUUUCAUCUUCCCGUUCUCUCCCUGGACUGAGGCGCGCACACUUAUCAGACACCAAGGGUGAAAUUUCCUUAAAUCACAAAUCUGAGAAGCCUUCCUGGAGAUUCUGUUCAACACAUCCAGGAACAUGGUAAAAUGUUAAAGGAAGAUCAUUAGAAUUUUAUGCAGAAUCAUGAAUUUGGUCUGUAAGUGCAAACUAGAGUUUGUUUAUGUUUACUUCUCUGUCCUUUAAAAGCAGACGUGUGAUUUGAUCGGUGGAAGGUGCAACACGAGAGCUCAGGUGUUGAGAGGAAAUUGCCCCUGCGUGACUGAUCAGCAGCACCAGUCUGGUUAGAACUGACCUGCCUCCAGGAUAGGGAGAAAGCUCCACUGCAGGAGGGGAACAGGUCCCAGAGACUCAAGUGUUUAUGUAGUAUUGUAGAAGUGAAGCAGUAUUAUCGCGCGUCUAACUGCCUGUAGGACGGAACCAUCCCAGGUGUUCGGAUCAGUUGAUUCUCUCUGCAUCUUGUCUGGUUUGAUUAAAGGUCCCUCAUUUCUGUCUGUCUCUCUAUACUGCUGCCUCCUACCCUCCUGUCAACUCCCUCCGCCCCCUUUCAGUCCCAGUCCCAGCUCCCCAAUAACAUCUCCGUACCUCCUCCCAGUGACUUGAGUCCCAUUCACGAUGAUCAUUGUGGACCAAUCUCUCACUUUGGUCAGUUUUCAGCAGCGUGUGUCCUAAUGAAUUAACACCCAAAACUACCCGUGCAGCAAAAAAAAAAAAAAAAAAAAAAAAAAAAGGGUUCAGAUGUAUCCAUAAUAUAAUUGUUAUAGAAAUAUUAUCAUCAUUAUUGCUGUUAUAAUUAUGGUUGGUAUAAUUUGUCAUCGUUAGCAUUAUGGAAGCACCAGACAGUCUUUAGAAAGGUGAGAAAGGAAAGUUUUGUUUUGUUUUUAAUUUGUCUGGCUGUUGGUGGUCUGAUCUCACAGAGGGAGGGGAGAAAAGGUUCAGGAAGAGACAAUGAUGGCAGUCAUGUUUGUACUGGUUGGGAAAUGACUUACAGUGCUGAAAUAAAAUUUAUUCUUUUAGUAAAAAAAAAGUUAUUUUUGUGUCCUGUCUUGAUUUGGUUGUUUGGGGUUAAGCUGGACUACUACAGUCUCAUAAAGACAUGGUGUGUAAAAGCUCUGAUCAAAGAUACGUCUGCACCACAACCAUAGUGAAGGUUUACUCCAAUGCUUACAUUCUCUGGAGAGGCAAAACAACACUAAAGUCCUAUGCCUGCUGCUGCCAGUGUUGAACCAAAAUUAAGUUGAGAAAUGAUGGGAGUUGAGGCACUUUAGUCAAAUCUGUAAACAUGAGUGUGCUGUAGACAUUUGUGUUUGCUAUACUUAUGACACUUUGUUUUGUUUUUGUCCUACAUAAUGAAAACAUGUUUUUUACUUAGCUCCUCUGAAGAUGAUCACAUUAAAAAGAGAAAAAAAGUAAAAGGUAAAGGUAAAAAUGAAACAAGGAAGUCUGAAUAAUAGAGAAAAGAUUAACACUGGCUAAAAGAUAAGUUAAUCCUUAAUGUUGCUGACAUUUAUUUUAUACAUCACGUUUAGCAAACCCAGACGUAAAAUUGUGUUUUCAAGAUUUAGACAUUUUUUGUAGCCUAAAGCCCAACAGAAGCUGUUUAAUCAGACAGAACCUAUGUGUGGUUCAGACACAUUUUAUUGUAAUGAUUUGAUUUGUUUUUACACUAAAGAUUUUUUUUUAAUCAGGCGCACUUAAAGAGCCCCAAUUUAAGUAUCGCGAUAUUUGGACGUCAGAGGCUUGAUUCUAUGCUGCUCUGCUCGGAAAAAUGGCGGAGACGUUGGCAGCCACCUGGGCUACACCGAGGCUUAAGGUACACCGCCUCUGCUAGAGCCGAAUUAAUGCCGACUGCUAGGGAGAAACGCCAAGCUCACAACCACGCAGCACCGCGGCGAUAGCAACGACGUGUGUGUGACCCUAUGGAGGCGAGAGUUGGGAGUGAAGAGGCAGAGGGUACCGCCAAAUCCAGCUAACUGUUGGCUAACGCUGCUGGCUGCCUGCCUCUCGGGAACAGUCGGUAAAAACCAGGGUUGCUCCGACAGCUACAUAUUUUUAUAUUUUUAUUGUUUUAUUCACAAAUACCAGACGAUGUUAACAACCUUAAAACAUUAUCCAGUUCCAAAAUAAACCUGAGCUGAAGAGUUAGCGGGCUUUCAGAGACUGAUGACGUUCAGGGUGAAGUCAGACCGCGGUGUCGCAAGUCUGUUUUAAUGUACUUUUGUUUUUCAGCGCUGGUCCUGGACACCCGCAUUGGUUUUCCGUCUGAUCAGGACUCAGGAGACAGAAGAACUCUGAUGAGAGGGAGCUGUGGGAUGAGGUAGUAGUUUGUAUAGUUUUAGGAUCAUACCAGAUCUGGGAGAUAACUAUACAGCCUACUGUCUUUCUCACAGCCACCAAACCACGCCAACAUCAUCAGGCCACAUCUGGCUGGUUUACAUCUUCUGUUGUCAUGGUGACCAGAACUUUCAUUCUCCUACACUGGUCCUUAUCUUGUUUUUUUAUGUGAGAUGUUUUAUAUUUUUCUGGCUGGCAGAAAAUCAAAAUCUACUCUCUGGUAAUGGAAGGAGAAUCUUGCUGCUCCAAGCAAACCUGACACAUCUGUUUCAAUAAUAGGCUGAAGACAACCCAGGAACUUGUGGAACAAACAAGAAGCAGAUUGGGGGCUGUGGAGGAUUGCUGUGCUGUGGUGAGGUAGUUAGUUGUGUUGUUGUGGGGUUGGAGAUAGUACUGCCCCUGCUUUGGAGAUGCAACUAUACAGCUGACUGCCUUCCACAAUGUGGCAGCACAGUGCACUUCGUUCCACUUUUACUGCCUAGACUCUGCUUUGAUUUUGUUAAUUUUGAUAUUUUGUUAUGGUGAAUCUGGCAUUCAAACUUAAAAGGAGUUUGCGAGCAAUUCUAGGUUUAAUUCUGUGAAAUUCAAUUCAAAAAUACUUUAAUCCCAGAGGGAAAUUAGAGUUUCAGUACACACAAUUCUGAGAUCAGACAUACAUACACACAUAGACACAUGACAAGAAUUGGUGACUGUUGGAAAUGAUUCAUUUCUAUUUAUUUUCAUGGAUUUCAGCAUUUAAGAGGUGAUUUAAAUUUUUUUUAGUAAAUGAUGAAAAUAAAAUACUCGUGACAUUUCAUGUUCAUAAAUGAGGUUUCUAACAGGUGCUUGAAAUCCUUAAACAUUUAUUUUUAUUUUACUGGGACAUGUAAGAAGUAUGUUGAUCACACUAAUGCCUCUGGUUGUACGUUUGUCAGUAAAAUAAAACAUUUUUGACAACCUUUCA